ACGAAAUUACAGAUGUUUGUGAUGUAAGUCAGCUUAUUGUUUGCAUUAGAAUUGUAGAUGACGAAUUUAAUAUACAGGAGGAUAUGCUGUGCUUGCGGGGACUGCACAACAACGCUACUGGAAAAAAUAUAUAUGAAAUUGUCGAACAGCAGUUGUUCUCAUUUGCUGAGAAAAAUAAACUGUCAUCAAUUUACACAGACGGUGCUCCAGUUAUGACUGGAAAAAGGGAAGGUUUCGUUGGUCAGCUCAUACGCAAUGGCGUUAAUGUGCCAGUUUUUCAUUGUAUGCUGCAUCAACAGCAAUUAUUAGCAAAAAGUUUCAAAAUAAGACAAACAAUGCAAGUGUCAGUUAAAAUUAUUAAACGAAUUCGUGGAGGACAUAACGCAUUAACUCAUCGAAAAUUUCGUUCGUUUUUGGAAGAAAUAGAUGCCGACUUUGGUGAUAUUUUAUUGUAUACUGAG